CAUCAUGGCACCCAAGACGAGCGGUAAGGCGGCGAAAAAGUCCGGCAAGGCGCAGAAGAAUAUUUCGAAGACAGACAAAAAAAAGAAGAAGCAUAAGAGGAAGGAGAGUUACGCCAUCUACAUCUACAAAGUGCUCAAGCAGGUGCACCCGGACACCGGUAUCUCGUCGAAGGCCAUGUCCAUCAUGAACUCUUUCGUGAACGACAUCUUCGAACGUAUCGCGGCCGAGGCGUCCCGUCUUGCGCACUACAACAAGCGUUCCACGAUCACAUCCCGUGAGGUGCAGACGAGCGUGAGGCUCCUGCUGCCCGGUGAGCUGGCCAAGCACGCGGUCAGCGAGGGCACCAAGGCGGUGACCAAGUACACGAGCUUGAAGUGA